AUGCAGGACUUCUUGCGGCGGAUUACUGCUCCGCCUGCGCAGAUUCUUCGGACGGUCCAGCCGACGCCUUACACGGUCUCGUACACGGUCUCGACGCGUCCUGUUCCCCUCAGUGGCGCAGAGUCUGUGAGAACUGAAAAUGCACUACAAUCUGUAUUGGGCCCUCUGAAGACAGACCAGCUGCUUGAAUCUGCCGGCCGAUGCCAGUGGAUGUACACAGCGCCAUGUGCGCUGGUCAUCUUCGCGCUGGUGUUUCGGCGCAACUAUACUGAAGAGUCUUUGACAGUCCUCCGUGGCCUCGGCAUACAAACCACCACCACGUCAAGCACAUACCUGCUAGGGCCCUCGACACGCUUUAUACCGACAACGAGUAUACAGGACAUCUUCAUAUACGAAGCUUUCAAGGGCUUUGAAGUCAGGUUCUACUUGGCAGUCGUGGUCGAGGGAGAAGAGGACGUGGUGGUGGUGUUUCCGACAUUGUUACCGCGCCGGGCGAUACUGGAGGAGGUUUGGAGGGGCACGAAGAAGUGCUUAUGGGAAGGGAAGAACGAAGGCCGAGACGUGAAAAGCGAAAAGCGUGAAGCUCAGUCAUAG